AUACAAUUUGCAGGCUCUAGCUCUGCAGCGCAGCUACAGCUACGCCAUUCAUCAUAUUAUAGCUAGGCCGGUCUGACAGCGGACGACUCUUGUGGAUUUACCAUCAAACUUCGUGAAAACUAUCUUCAAAUGUUGCAGUUCACGCCACCUCCCCCGGUUGCGCAAGCACAACAAAUUGCACAACCCAAAAUGAACGAGAUUCCAGAAAAAAUAACAGUUCAGAGUACGCCAGAUUAUCUGGCCGAAUUAAUGAAGGAUAAAACACAUUUUGGGAUGGUUUCGAGUAUGUUUGGGCACGUCGGGCGACUUCUCGACGAUGAAAUCAAUCGAGUGAGGAGAUCACUGUACAGUAUUCCAUCAACGAGUCAACCUCUUAUGCUACCGGAAGCCAAAGGUUCCCUAACGCAACUUUCAAAGAAACUUUAUGUUCCCAUCAAAGCAUACCCAGAUUUUAACUUUGUUGGUAGGAUAUUGGGGCCCCGAGGAAUGACUGCCAAACAACUGGAAAGAGACACAGGCUGUAAAAUCAUGAUCAGAGGCAAAGGAUCAAUGAGGGAUAAAGUCAAGGAGGACAUGAAUAGGGGAAAGCAAAAUUGGGAACAUUUAGAUGAAGAACUUCACGUACUCAUCACAGUAGACGACACACAAGAAAGAGCGGAACUCAAAUUAGAGAAGGCCGUUGAAGAAAUGAAGAAGUUGUUAGUACCAGUGGUAAGUCAUGCUUUUUGUUGCUUUAUCCUAGGGCAUCCCAGGAAAACAUGCAUAGAAAUUCCUUUGAAUCUUGAACUUUCUUUGUCAUAUUCUUGACUAGUAAAGCCCUUGAUUAUAGUAUCUUUGAGGAUAGAAGUCGUCUCUUCCGUUGGAUUUCUCAACAUUGCUGCAAUGGGACAGAUGGAAGCCCCUUUGAGAAUGAUUUAUCUGUUCUUGAUAUUAAUACCAUUUCAUAAAGCUCCUUGCUUUACCCUAUUCUUCUUGCCAAAUGUUCUACCUUCUUGUUUCCAUGGCUUGGAGUCUUUUAAAAGAGAAACAUCUGCAGCUGUAAACAAGCUCAGGUAGACCUGGGAUAUUGGCUAUAGUUUUACAGCAAUGUAGGUAUCUUCUCCGGAGUUUAGCUCCAGGUUUGGAAGAGGAUAGCGUAUGAUUUAGUUGGAGCAAUCAUAGUCCUUUGGAGGAAGAUAGCGUAGCUUCUUUACAUUUUUCUGAAUCCUACUUCCUUCCUCCUACUCCAUCGCUGCUUUCAUUCUUACUGAUUUGUGCGGGGUCGGAUUCUUCUGUCUACAAAUCCAAUUGAUACAAAAUACAUUCUUCGCUGUGCCUCCAAACCCCUGGAAAACAGGUCGGGGCAGAGCAUUUCCGAUGCCCUGGUUUUUGUGGGGCUAUUAUCAAUUAAAGAAAGUGUCUACUGUGAGAGGUUGUCCCCGAAUGAAAGAAUUUUAUUUGAAUUAUAAUGUAGACUGCAACCAGAAUAAAGUUAGCUUUGCAGACUCUACUUUUUUGGUUUUGGGGUGGGGAGGAAGGGGUGUGUGUCUACAGCGAGAGAAAGUAUCAUGGUAUCGAUGAAUGUUGGUUCUGUAUCAGUUACAAUACAUAAAGCACAUUUUGCGAUUGCUUAAUACGCGCUCGGUCACCGCAUGGACUCUUGACUUCACAGUAUGGAAGCAGCAUUUGAGAAGGACUCUUUGUCGCAAAUGAUCGCACAUGACCCUGCUGGCUGGAUCCCGAUGGGAGUCGUGAAAUCGCUGCUGCGGAAGCGUGAAGGCGGCAGAAGAUGCGUUCCAAUACCCGUCUCCUCUCCCUCUCCUCCCUUCUCCCCCAUGGCGAGAUGUUGAUGUUG